GCCAAUCAAACUUUCACCUGGUUUUCACAGAUGUCUUGCCCUUCUUUAUUUUUUGGUCCAACAAGCACAUCUCCCAACCUUAUUCACAUAAACUCUUCCCCAAAUUUGAGGUCUUGUUUCAAGUUCAUAGAUAUAGUUUUUCUGUUUCCAAGUGUACUGUUAAAGCUCUGCCAUCGAUCUUUGGUAUUUGUUGCACUUAAAUCAGUUCCACAAACUUAUACUGGUUUUGAAGCCUUUAUGCGUCAAUGGCUUAGGAGUUAGAAAGAACUCAAAAUUUCCCAAUACAGUGCUUAAUUUUGGGAUUUGGAUUAGGUUUGAGGCUUUUACAUUAUAUUAGAAACAUUUCACCCAAUUAGCACUGAGCUUCAGAAUGAGACAAUCAUGCUCAAACACUGUUACUUGGUGUUCAGGCUUUCCUCUAUGGGUUCUGGUACUUGCAGCUACUUCAGUGUUGCUAGGAGCGUUAUCUAUAUCAUCUCAAAGUGUGUUCUGUAGAGUCGGCAACAAGUACCAAAUCUCAGAGAGGGUCCCAUUAAAAGGAGAUGGCAACCCUCCUGUCAUUGCUUAUUGGAUUAGCAGUACUAAAGGAGAGAAAGGUGCGAAAAUACCAAGGCUGUUGAAGGCAAUAUAUCAUCCAAGAAACCAGUAUCUGCUGCAACUUGAUGCUGAUUCAUCAGAUUACGAAAGAGAGCAGUUGGCUCUUUAUGUUCAAUCCCAAAGGGUGUUUCGAGCCUUUGAUAAUGUCAACGUUGUUGGACAAAGUUAUGGAAUCAACCAGAUGGGUUCCUCUUCUCUUGCUGCCACACUUCACGCUGCAGCAUUGCUUCUAAAGCUUAGUGCAGAUUGGGAUUGGUUCAUCUCAUUAAGCGCUUCUGACUAUCCCCUCAUGCCUCAAGAUGAUCUGCUCCAUGCUUUGACUUCAUUGCCACGGAAUCUCAAUUUUAUACGUUUUACUAACAAGACUGGAUGGAAAGAGCAGAAACGUAUUGAAAAAAUUGUUCUAGAUCCUACUUUACAUCUUCAGAAUAGUACUCCAGUCAGUCCACUGAACUAUUCUUUACAUGAAAGAAGAGAAAUCCCUGAUGCUUUCGAUGUAUUUGGAGGUUCACCUUGGGGGAUUCUAACUAGAGAUUUCAUGGAGUACUGUAUCCAAGGAUGGGACAACUUUCCUAGAACGUUACUGAUGUACCUCAGCAAUGUGGUUUACCCUCUUCAUUAUUACUUCCACACAAUCAUCUGUAACUCAUCACUCGAGUUCCAAAACUCUCUAGUAGACAAUGAUCUAAGCUUCAUUGUUUGGAACUUAACUGCAUUCGGCGAAACUCAAGUCCUAAAUAUGUCUCACUAUGAUCGAAUGCUAGCAAGUGGAGCAGCUUUUGCAAGACCGUUUCACGCAGGUGAUCAAGUACUAAACAAGAUCGAUGAGAGCGUUUUGAAUCGCUCUCCCAAAGGGUUGGUGCCCGGAGAAUGGUGCCUUGGAGAAGGGAAAAGUAUGAGGGUGGAGAAUUCAACAGCUGAUCAUGAAGAGCUCUGUCCAACCUGGGGUAACAUUAACAAUGUCAACCCGGGUUCUCGUGGCAUUAAUCUUGCUGCAAUCUUGACCAAUCUUGUUGUAGAAGGGAGAUUCACUACCAGUCACUGCCAAGAACACUGGUAAUCAAACAGAUUAACUUUUCUACAACCAUGAAGAAAUUUUUUUGCCUAAUGAGUUUUAAUACCACAUUAUGGUGAUGGGUUUACCGCAUUUUUAAUUGCUUUUGAGCCUUUGAAAUUGGAAACUCAAGCUAGCCUAUAAAUUUGCAAACGGAUGAUAAUCUUUGAUUUUUUAGAAUUAUGUAAGAGAAAUUUUAUCGCACAUUCCAAUUUUUUUGGUCUUAAUUUUUUCCCAUAAACUACCUAUUUUGCCGCAAAUCCACCUCAACCACCACCUCAUGCAUCGUCUUCUUCCAUGAACCAGUUCAUCGUCAUCUCUCACAAAGCCACUUCAUGUAUUCAUGUUCAUCAUCUUGGUUCACAUUUUUGAU